GGUCCAGAGUGUCUCUGCUCACUUCUCUCCUCGUGUCUUUCUCCUUUUAGUUCCCUUUCACCACGUUUUUUUCCUGCCUGUCAUCGCUUGUGAUUGUUUUUUCCACCCCUUACAGCUGAAUGCCAACUUGCCUUCCGGUUUCGCUGCCGACCACGGACUCCAGAGCCCUUCCCUAUUUCAUAAUUUGUAUUAUUAGCACAUCUGUACCUUGAAUGCUCCGGUCAGAUCAGCUCUUAACUUUAUUUUUUUAACUGAAAACGUUGCAGAAUCAGUUACUGGAAAUGAGGACAGACUCCUCUUCGCAGAGACUGAAAGGAUUAGGGCUGCUUUGUUCCCCGAGCUGACACACGAGCAGGGAGAUGACGGAUGGCUGCGUAGAGACUGACUUGAGCACCGGCAAGGGGGAAAACUCUGGAGGAGAGCCGCGACCGUCUCGCCCGCAGCCUCGGUCCUCCGGAUAUCUCCGCUCCUCGCAGCGCAGGGGUGAAGCCAUGGAUUUCCCCCAGCACAGCAAGCAAGUCCUGGAACAGCUGAACCAGCAGCGGCAGCUGGGUUUGCUGUGCGACUGCACCUUCGUGGUGGACGGCAUCGACUUCAAGGCCCACAAAGCCGUGCUGGCGGCCUGCAGCGAGUAUUUCAGGAUGCUCUUCGUCGACCAGAAGGACGUGGUGCACCUCGACAUCAGCAACGCGGCAGGCCUGGGCCAGGUUUUGGAGUUCAUGUACACGGCUAAGCUAAGCCUAAACCCCGACAACGUGGAAGACGUGCUGGCCGUGGCGGGUUUUCUCCAAAUGCAGGAGAUCGUUAGCGCUUGCAACGCUCUCAAGUCCCUUGCUGUGCCGGGCGAAAGCCCCGCCAAGAGCCAGCAGCCCCCCGCCGGGAUCGGGGCCAACAAGGCGACUGUCGAGGGCAAGAGGUCGACUGCGGAAGCGCUGGGUGAUCUUGACAAAAUAAAAAGGCUUCCUCCCAACCCGGAGGGGAAGGAAGAGGCGCCCGUGGCCGCCAGCAGCACAGCCCGAGGUGCAGACGGAGCAGCUGGGUGGCCAAGAAGGGGCAGAUGUUGCCAUCCAAGAGGGCCCCAACGCCGAAUUCCCCAUCCACCCGCAGCCGGCGGAGAGCGUGGUCAGCAGCGGCAGCCCCGCGGCGAAGGGCAACAUCCCUCCGGGCGCCGAAACGGGAGAGAUGGAGCUGGAAGGGAAGGAGGAAGAGGGGGGGAUGAUGGCGGAGGACAAAGAGGAGGCUAAAAUCCCCGAGGAAGAGCAGCCCCGAUUAGAAAACGGAGAAAACACCGAAGAUAACGAAUCGGGAAGCACCGACUCCGGGCAGGAGAACUUGGGUGAAACCCGUCUGCUGCGUUCGGGUACUUACAGCGACAGGACCGAGUCGAAAGCCUACGGC